UCUAUCGGAAGUCGUAAUUCUUAGAACAAUAAACUUUAGCGAGAAAGAAAUCAUUCUCUGAUUCGUCCUGUUUAUGUUUUUCAGCCAUGGAAGAACGGCAAGAUCCCUGCCCAGAUCCUACCAACGAGUCGAAGUCCAAGAAGAAGAGAGAAGCAGCAGAAGGAAAACCAGAUUCUGAGCUCGAUCGUUCGGGUUAUAAGAAGCGGAGGAAGGAAAGAAUGGAGAUUCUGAGGAACAGAACAGCCACAAUCAGAGAAAUGCAGAGGCAGGCUUACUUUGUUGUUCUUCGUGCCUUUGCAGCAGAAAGCGAACAAGUAUCCAGUAAGAGGAUGACGACACUGAAAGAUCUCAUGAGGGAAUUGAAUGUUACUUUCCAACUACAUAAGCAUUACGAGAAGGUUAUAGGAAACGAUCAAAUGCUCCAACAAUUAAGGAUAGAUUCGUCGGAGGUGGAAGAGGAAGAGGAAAAACCACAGCAAGAAGAGAUGAUGACCUCUAGAGACAAACAUGAAGAAAAUGCUAUGCCUUCGGCUCCAGGGAUCAGGCCAGCGUCUUCUGAACGAUGGAGCAGAAUUUCUCCCGAGUCUCUCAUCGGGCGGGUUGUUUAUGUAAGAAUGCCUGAAGAUGAUGACUAUAUUCAGUUCACUGUCUCCGAUUAUGAUGCAGAUAAGGAACAGCAUCUCCUACAAUCUAACUCGAACACAAUGGAAGAUCCAAGCAGCUGGUUUGAUCUCAGACAAAUUCCUUCUCAAGAUAUCAUGUGGGAAGGUGAAGAUCCAGGGAUUUCUGGAGAAGCAUGCUCUCUAAAACCAGGCCAGACCAUAUUGCGGGAAACCAGUACCACUCUAUGUGAAAGUUAUGACGAUCACCUUUUCAAAAUACCGCCUCUUCCAUCAAAGUAUACAGCCAGCAAGGGGCCACUCGAGGAGCUUUGGAGUAGGUGAGUGAAGUUACCAGCAAAGAUCCAGACAAACCUGAGAAGGGAAAGGGUAUCCUUAAGGGAUGAUGAAGAUGUAUAUGACAAUGCCAUAGAAAAAGGACGGAGAAGUACACGAUGAUGCCAUAGAGAAGAUAUAACUGAUUAAUCUCUCAAGGACAAAGGUGGGAGAAUCAUUAGGAGACCGGCAUUC